AUCAUAUCAUAGAAUCAGAAACAAUAAAUAGCUUUUAAAUUUAGUUGGCUCUUUGAUUCAAGGAGCUCUUUUCACACUUUCGUUUUUGGUUUUGGUUUCCUUUUGAUUUUUGCUUUUAUUAACCUACUUCUGCCCAACUCUUUUUUCCUUCUUUUAGUUGCCUACUCUUUUCUCUCUCUCUCUCUCUCUCUCUUAUUAUCUCAUUUUUCAACUAAUCCUUUGUACAAUAAAAGGGUAUUUUCUUGUUCAUUAAAAAAAAAAGCCCUCUCUUUACUGGAAAAUUUCUUGACUUUCUUCUAUUCUCUAGCAGAAAUGCUCCUUAAGCUUCCCGGGUUGUGUUAAAAAGAAAAAUCCAAACUUUUUUUAGCUCUUUUGAAUCAUGGGUAAUAGCUUGAUUUGCAGGACAAAGAAAGAUGCUAAAGAUAAUGGAUCGAAAAGCAAGAGGAUGGGAAAGUCUCAAAGGAAAAUGCUUGCAGAAGAAGAGUUUUUGCAUAAGCAAGCUUUGUCUAUGGCUCUUCAUCAACACCAGUUGUCGCAGAGAUUUGAUGGAUCCAUGUCUAGGAGAAUUGGCUCUACCAGCUCUAGAAGGCACGCUGAUCCAUUAGCUAAUGAGAAAAAGCUACUGGAAUCUCUUGAAAAGAUCAAGUUUAAAAAAAUUGUUCUGUUACAUGGAGAAGGCUUUGGAGCUUGGUGUUGGUAUAAAACGAUUGCUCAGUUGGAGGAAGUAGGCCUUCAGCCUACUGCACUGGAUCUCACAGGCUCUGGUAUUGAUCUGACGGAUACAAACACAGUCACUACAUUGGCCGAAUAUUCAAAACCAUUGAUUAAGUAUCUAGAGAACCUUCCCGUAGAUGAGAAGGUUAUAUUGGUAGGUCAUAGCAGCGGAGGUGCUUGCCUUUCAUAUGCAUUGGAGCAUUUCCCGGAAAAGAUCUCCAAAGCAAUUUUCCUUUGUGCUACAAUGGUGUCCAACGGUCGGAGACCUUUUGAUGUGUUUGCCGAAGAGCUUGGUUCUGCUGAACGUUUCAUGAAAGAGUCGCAGUUUUUGAUUUAUGGAAAUGGCAAAGAUAAGCCUCCUACAGGGUUCAUGUUUGAGAAACAGCUGAUGAAAGGGUUAUAUUUCAAUCAAUCGCCAACAAAGGAUGUUGCUUUGGCCAUGGUGUCCAUGAGAUCCACCCCACUAGGUCCUAUCAUGGAGGAACUGUCAUUGACCCCCGAGAAGUACGGAACUGGGCGGCGGUUCUACAUUCAGACAUUGGAGGAUCGUGCUCUUUCGCCGGAUGUGCAAGAAAAGCUAGUAAGAGAAAAUCCACCUGAAGGAGUUUUUAAGAUCAAAGGGAGUGAUCACUGCCCAUUCUUCUCAAAGCCACAGUCACUUCACAAGAUUUUAAUAGAAAUUGUUCAAAUUCUUUAGCUUAAUUUUCAGAUUAAGAAAGAAAAGAACAUAUUUCUUUUGUCUUUUAUUUCUAUAGUGAAAGAAGACGAUAAUAAGUUGUUCAUUUACACUUGUGAUAGGCCGGCCGUUCUUGUAUGUAGAACAUUAGGCCCACCUUACUAAUUUUUUUUUUCCUUGCAGCAACGAGAGGCUGUUGUUUAUUAGUAUCAUGUAAUUUAACAACGUGAAUUAUUAUUAUUAUUUUUUUGUGAUCGAUUAAUGUGGUGAAUACAAAAUGGUGUGUUUAACGCA